UAUAGAGAAAUUGAUAAAAUAUUUUAAGAAUAAUAAAUGAGGAUAAAUUUAAAAUUAACUUUAAUAUUUAAAUUCUAAACUAGGUAUAAAUAGCAUAAAAAUUACCUAAAGCAAUUGUAAUUGGAUAUCUUCCUUUCUGGAAUCUUUGUAUUGUAAAAUAAUUGUAUAUUUUAGGUAUAGUAUUGUAUAAGUUACCUUUAUAGAUAUGUUUCUGCAGUUUAAAAUUAUUCUAUUGAUUACUUGCUUGGAUGUAUACAGCGGUUUUGCUUUUCAAUGUCCUAAAUCUGUUCCAUAUUCAACAAUGCCAGGAUUAUCUAGAGUUAGUUUACCUGUCUCAAAUGAGCUCAUCCAUUUUAAAAACGAAAACGAAUUUCUAAUAGAUUCUAAUGGAAGGACAAGAUAUGUUUGCGUAAAAGUUACGCCAGAAAUAUACGCAUCACAGAAUAAGACAAUAAAUAACGAUACCGAUAUGCAUGUCCAAACUGGAGGAGAUUAUAAAGAACGUAUAAUAGCGCAUUCCUUGGGGGGAUCAAAUGAUUCUCUGAAUGUAUUUUCGCUUAACCAUAAUUGUAAGUCAAAAUUGCUUAACAGUAGUGUCGAGCAACAACUUGCAAGAUUACUUGCUGAGCACUCACGAAUAACAUAUAUGGCUGAACUUGUAUACACAAAUAAUGUGACUGAUGUGCGACCAACAAGCAUAAACGCUGUGUAUAUGGACGAAAAUGAAAAUGUCCUAGGAUCUGUGAAGAUGAUAAAUUCACCACCAAACACACCCUGUGAAACAGUAGAUCUGAAGAUUCCUGCAAAAAGUAAAAGGUCAUUGACCGACAUUUCUACACAUCCCAAGAGUUCUACACAUCCCAAGAGUUCUACACAACCCGAGAGUUCUAUAGAUCCCGAAAGUUCUACAAAAUCUAUAAAUUGCAUGGAUGGAUGUAGGAGAUCUGCGUGUUGGGGGAAACUUGAAGAUCGUGAUAAAAAAUGUAGGUCGCAUUUUCAUUCAGUGCAUGCUAAUUCAGUUUGUGUUGGUGAAUGGUGUUAUUGCUGCUCUUACUAUUAAAAAUAAUAUAUGAUUCAUAUUGAUAACCAGUAUUUUUUGUAAGAGGUUUAAUGACCUUUAAUAAAUAUUAUAUAUUAAGUAAUUAAAUGAUUAAAUAUAAUUAUACAGAGUAACUUAUACCAAUUAUAAUUAACAUCUAUUAUACUCAUUUGAAUACACACAUAAUGUUAUCACAUUGUAAUUUUCAUUGUAAAUGCAAAUAUUGAAACAUGAUGUAUCUUUUUACAUUUCUAUGUCAUGUUCAAAUGUAAUAAUAGAAAUGUUAUAUUUAUGUAAUUUGUGAAUCUUUUUUACCUUUCUUAAAAUCAUGUACAUAAUCGUCUAUUAAAAUAUUAUAUUCAUAUUGUAUUUUAUUUAAAUGCCUAAGCAGCAUAUUUUAUACAUUGUUUUAAUUAAAUAAAUAUAUUAUGAUGAUUUUGUUAUUUUUAACUCUUCAAAAUUGUUUUCCCCUCAUUUAAUAUUCAAAUAAAAUAAAAUACAGAAAGAUAGCUUUUAAUUGUUAUUGGCGAGUAGUGAGAACAAAAAUUAUAAAGUAUCCUAUAUUCCAAUAUAUUUAGUUAUUAUAUUUUACUAAAUAACAUUUAAAAAAUACUUACCUAUUAUAGCAGCUCUGUAAAGCUAAAAACGAUAUCUAUGUCUCUAGUUGAAAUACUUUGAAAAAGUAUCAUUUACAAUACUGAUUAAUAGAUAUAUAGUUAAUCUGCUAUGGAAAUAGAAGAUCCACUGGGCACUACCAAAGCCUACAAAAUGAUAGUUUAAAAUAGAUAAUAUUAUGAAUAAUAAUGUAAGCGCUCAUUUUAUUCAACAGUUAUAUGUUUUAAUGAAUAAAUUGCAUGAUUUUUCUAGUAACAUAAUUAUUGUGUAAUAUAUUUUACGAUUACAAUGUAUUAUAAUAACACUAAUUGUUAUCCAAAUUACAAAAUAGGCAUGCAUACUUGUAUACGAAACUGUAUGAAAUUAUCAUAGUUUUUAUUGUCUUUAUAUUAGUAGUAUAAACUGUUAUUAUUAUUUUUAGUUAAGUAUAUACAUGAAUUAAUGAAAAAAAAAUGUAAGUUAAUAGAUUAAUAACAAUGGAUGUUACUUACUAGUAUAGAACAUUACAACUACCUAUAUUAAGUGCCAACCCAUCAAUAUUUUUAUGACCAAAACAAAUGUGAAAAAAUUAUAUUAUUUUGUACACCUUGUCACUUAUCGAUAGCUUGAUAAAAGAUAACUAUACCUAGUCAUAACCAAAUUACUUUAAUCUGUAUGAAUAAAAUAUAUAUUAAUGGUA